GCCCCCCGCGACCCACCGCCCCAGAUCCCAAGGGCGGGCAUUGAGCUUCCUUCCCGGGGGAAAAGACCCCGAAUUAGGAACCGGCGGGGUCCCAAAUGGGGCGAGAAGUGUGCUAGAGAUAAUCCAAGAUGUCGUCUGGCCGUCCCAUCAAGUGUGUGGUGGUAGGGGAUGGAACCGUGGGAAAGACCUGCAUGCUCAUCUCGUACACUACAGAUUCCUUCCCUAAAGAAUACGUCCCCACAGUGUUCGACAAUUAUUCAGCACCAAUGGUGGUAGAUAGUAUCCCAGUCAGUUUAGGUCUAUGGGAUACGGCAGGUCAAGAAGAUUAUGAUAGAUUACGGCCCUUGUCGUAUCCACAGACGGAUGUCUUUCUUAUAUGCUUUAGUGUAGUCAGCCCUUCCUCUUUUGAGAAUGUUACAUCUAAGUGGUAUCCCGAAAUUAAACACCAUUGUCCAGAUGCACCUAUAAUACUUGUUGGCACAAAAAUGGAUUUACGAGAAGAUAAGGAAACGCUGGCGCUACUCUCCGACCAGGGUCAGUCGCCGGUCAAGAGAGAAGCGGGCCAAAAGCUCUCUAAUAAAAUACGGGCAGUGAAAUACAUGGAGUGCUCCGCUCUAACACAGAGAGGUUUAAAACAGGUAUUUGAUGAAGCAGUAAGAGCAGUUCUCCGGCCAGAACCAAUGAAGAGAAGACAGAGAAAGUGCUCAGUACUCUAAAGUAAUAUAGACACACUAGGUUUUUCUCUUUCAACUGUCUUAUCUACCUCUGUCUCCUCCUUCUCCUCCUCUACCUUCACCUUCUGACUCCUCCUUCUACUUGUUACAAAUAAGGGUCUCAUUCUUCAGCGCAGCAAUAUUUUCUGACAUAAUUUUAACAUUGAAUGAUAUUUCAAAGCUUUCAUGUUAUUUGCAAUUAAUUUACUUAAUUCCACGUUUCAUUUAUUGUUGGCAUAAUGUAUGGAUGUAUUUUAUAAACAAAUAAUACAGUCAUUACACAUUUACAUGUGAUGUAAUAAACAUAUAGCUUAAAUUUUAAAAAGUGGGAAUCUGUACAAAUCAUCAUAUAGUUUACAGCCAGACGUUAAGUUUGGCAGGUAGGCCUCUCCUGUGUCUUUUAUUUUAUUGUCAUCUUUAUUGUUAUCCUCAUCAUUACGUAGGAUUUAUCCUUUGAAAUCUGUUAACAGUUUCAUAUUGUAAAGGUGUACUUGAAUCUAGGAAAAAAAAUUCUAAUCAAAUAUUUUUUAUGUCUUGGACAAUGUUCUAGAAGUGUCACACUUUUUAUGAUUAUGUGGGAAACUUCAUCCAGAUACCUUAUUGUAAUAGCAACACAAAUUUUCUACUACUGAAUGCUAACAGAUUUAGUGGUUGGGUUGGUUCAUACAAAGACGUUUGUCCCUCCCUCC